AGUCCCUGCCCCUGCAUGCCCUGGCUGGCUGCCAGCCUGGUUUACGUGUUUGCAGAAAUUGCACUGCACUAGUCUGCACAGAACUGCCCUGGUACUGGUUGUGUGUGGACUUGAAGAGUUGAACUUGAAGUUGCGGUUUCAGUGUUUGCCCUGACUGGUGCCUGGUGGAGUGGUCUGGAUCUGGAGAAACAGGAAGAACGCAGAGAAGGAGGCAAAACCCCAGAAUUUUUACAAGUCUGAAGUCAAAAGUCAACACCAUGAUGAAAGGUAAUAUAGUUUGGACAUUGGUGGUUCUGCUGUCUCUGUGGUGUACUGCUGAAGGGGCUCAGAAAUCAGAUUUGAUCACUUUUCUACCAGGUCUAGCAAAACAACCCAGCUUUAAUCAAUAUUCAGGAUACCUUAAUGGCACUGCUAAUCACAGGCUACAUUAUUGGUAUGUAGAGUCUGAAGAUGAUCCUACCAAGAAUCCUCUCAUUGUCUGGCUGGGUGAUGGCCCAGGUUGUAGCGCCCUCUAUAGCAUAUUAUCAGGCAAUGGCCCGUACCUCAUCAAAGAGAAUGGAUAUGACCUUGAAUACAAUGACAAUAGCUGGAAUAAGUUUGCCAAUGUCUUAUACAUAGAAUCACCUUCAGGCGUAGGAUUCUCAUAUUCUACAGAUGGACAGACUCAGUCAGAUGAUAACCAGGUAACCAGUGAUCAUGUAGCUGCUUUGCAGAACUUCUUAUCAGAGUUUACUGAAGUACUGAGUCUUCCUAUGUACAUCAUGGGAGAAGGAUACGGAGGUGUGUACGCUGCUCUCCUGACUCUCAAGAUACAACAGACAACUAACAUUACUACCCUACAGGGCUUCGCUGUUGGUAAUGGUAUGACCAGUGAAGAGCAGUUGGCUAACUCUCUCAUCUACUUCACAUAUUACAGAGGGAUCAUUGGAGACCAAUUGUGGGAUACCUUACAACUUACCUGUUGCUCCGGUGGAAAGUGUAAUUUCUAUAAUUCACAAGUAGCAGCCUGCAAUGAUGCUGUCAACAAAGCACUUAUGAAUAUUGACACGAUUGGCCUAAAUCCUUACAAUAUUCUUGCGGACUGCGUUGGAGAAACCUCCCCACCAGGUGGCGCUCUUCAGAAAGACGGCUAUGUUCACUAUGGAAGCAGUUCAUCUGACAUCUUUAGAUACAGCGAAUAUGCUCAGACAAGGCAAAUGUUCCUUCAUAAGAGACCAAGUCAUAAAUUGAGGCAAGAUCUCCAAUGUGUUAAUACAAGUCUGGUGACCGGAUACUUGGAAAAUCCCUAUGUAAGGGAAGCCCUUCAUAUUAACGAGAGCAGACCGGCCUGGCAAGUCUGCAAUGCUGAAGUUGCCCAGAACUAUAGCAAGCUAUACCCAGAUAUGACAUCAACCUAUCAAGCACUCCAACAGACCUAUAAAUAUCGGAUCCUGGUAUACAAUGGUGAUUUAGAUGCGGUGUGUAACUGCAUUGGAGAUGAAUGGUUUGUGGAUGCGUUGGGUUUAGAGGAAGAGGUUCAGUGGAGAACAUGGCUCUACAGUGAUGGCUCACUUCAGGUCGCAGGAUUCGUCAAGGAAUAUGACAAUGUUGCCUUCGCUACAGUCAAGGGAGCAGGUCACAUGGCAGCAGCUGAUAAACCAAUCGCAACUGCUCAACUUAUUAGUAACUUUGUGAAUAGAAGACCAUUCUAAGUAAUUUGACUUGAGUUUAUGAAACUCUGCUUGUCUUUGUAUUUCUAUCUCAUAUUUAAUCAUCCAUUCUAUAUCCAAUGUGACAAAUUUUUCUGUUUGUUGUCAUAGACCAGAUCAACUUUAAUUCAUGGAUUGAGAUUUUUAAAGAACAGACCCUUUCUUUAAAAAGUAGGUUCCUAUGAUAUCAAUUUUUAAUUUUUAUGUUGGUUAUGCUUUGCAUAAUUUGUCAUGAAAAUUUAUUUGAAACAUCAGAAUUUGUGUUUCCUGCAAAUGUGGAUUCAAUAGUCGGGAAUAUAUUUUUACUUUCUACUCAGAUUGAAAAUGCAGCAUCAUGAUUUGUAUAUAUGAGAGAUGAGCUACAUUGUUAAAAGUACUUUGAGUGAAACAAAAAAUCAAUAAACUGUUAUGAAUUUGAAAAGUAAUCAAUGCCAUGGAUCAGUAACCAACCUCUGGGGAUGUUUCAUGAACAGUUUUCUUUGUGAGUUUCCCCGGACAGUUGUUACAAACUACUGAAAAUCCUUGCAUUUGAUUGGCUGAGUGAAAAGCACUGACAAAACUGUUCAUGAAAUGCUCCCCCUGUUCUGUCCAAAAUAAGAACCACCAAAAGAUAUUAUCAAUGUUGGUACUCUAAUAUUCACUAAUUGAGCAAAUAAAUAUAUUUUAAACAAUCAGGAUUGAAAGUGAAGAGUAGUAAUGAUGUAUUCAGUGCCUUGCUGUGGCCAUGUAAUUACAAGGCAGAUUUUUAUGAUACAUUCACCUUUAUUACACAGUUGAUAUUAAUCAUAUACAAUGUUUAUAUAUGUGUUAUUUAGUGCCAUAUAGUGUGAUUGUGCUGCAAAUGAAAAAUGCUGUAUGUGUAUCCUUCAGAGUCAGUGUUUCAUCAUUUGAUUGGUGAAAAAAAUAAAAAUAAACCUCAAACCCACCUUCAAUAUUGCAUGCAAAUAUCAGAUAUGCACAGAGAUGACUUGGUGGAUAUUUAGGCCUUUUUUCUGUGAAGUCUGUAGGAAUCUUCAAGAGCAAAUAUAAUACACAUGCCUAUGUGAUACCAUAUGACCUUUCCUGAAAUAAUGUCAUUUUUUGUGUACAGAUUUUUGGCAUUUGUUUUGAAAUGAAAACAAAGGUGAUAAUUUUGACACCGCAUAACCAAGAUUGUAUUGAUUUUGGUUGUUCAAUGGUUUGUAAUGCAAAUGUAUGAAUUUCAUUGGGAGUUGAUAAAAGCAGAAGUACAUACGAAAUAAUAAAAUUGAUAAGGAAAUUGAUUUUUUUUGGUGUAAAAUUAGUUGUUUCAGAUGUAAAUGUAUGAAACAAUCAGGUUUUUAAUAGCCAAGAUCAGAAGGAUGCAAUAGUGAUACUUGUGAUUAAAUCAUACACAUAUUCCUGUGUUUAUCCAGUCUUCAUGCUUCAAAUCUCUUACACAGUACUAUAUUUAGAAACAUUGUUAGGGGCAUCAAAAUAAGUGUAUUAUGUAUGUUUUAGUUUUGUAUUUAUCUUUCUGUAUUAAAUCAGAAGUAAAUAUUUACUGUUGCACUUUUUCGUAUUAACUAGUUUACAUGUAUACUACACAAACUAUAUGCCUCAUCUUGUACUAUUACACAAACAAAACGUAAUUAAUCUUAUGGUGGAUUAGGCAUUGAUCUGGAUGUGUACUAAAUGCACAGCCGAGAUCUUAAGGGGGCGGACUUUAAGGGUUAAGUUCAUAUCAUUGUACAAUAAAAUGUACCAGAAUAGAAAAACGUAUUGGCCUUUCUGCCUUUUAUAAUCCAUUCUGUCCUUUUUCAGAGUUGCCAACCAUUCAGUUUUUAACUGAUUUGUCCAGUUUUUGAAGUUUUUAAUUUCCCUAAGAACUGAACGUUCAGAUUUUGGGAUUUUGUGAGUAUGGUUUUGGGUGCAUAUAUUAGUGUGUCUCUUUUAAUAAUAAUGUAUGUAUUUUCUUAAUAUAUUCAAUUAUCCAUUUCUUCAUACUGGUUGAGCAAAUCAUAACACACCCAGAUACAGUCAUUCUUGAGGCUGAAUUUUCUCUCAAGGUAUGGACCAGAUUGCACAAUAGUAAGUUCGUAAAUGCAAAAGCUUCCACCUUUGGAGGGCGACAUCCCCUCCCUCACAAUAAUUGCUCCAGUUUUCUGCAUUUCAAAUGUUAGCAAGUCGGCUUAUUUUAUAGCAUUGUUCGUCUUUAAUGUUUUGCUCACAGGUUUGGACAUCAGAGUAUACAGACUUUCAAGUUUCAUGUCAUUUGUAUAUUACAGGACAGAUGCAGCGAUUAUCCUAGAUACUAUUACAUGUAAAGUAUUUUUGAUUUAUGUGCAAUUUGUGAUUUCUCGAUUCAAUGAGGGGAUGAAAGUUUUGAUUAAAAUAAAAUUCAAUGUUCCUAAA